UUUUGUUUCUAUAUAGAAUACAAUGUGUAUUGUGGUACAAAUGAUUUGUCACACACAUUGUCUUUAGUUUGGGAGGCCCAAACCCCUGCAUGUCUAUACUUGUCAUGCCUGUCAUUGUGACAGUGUCUCUACAUUAUAUAUACAUAAAAGGCACAUAGAAGGGAAGAUUGAAGGUUCUGUUAAAGAUAAUUAUGUCUGAGAAGCAAGUUAAACUAUUUUCAAAGAAGGUAAUGUCCAUGUUUGCCAUAGCUACAUCUACAUAAUUAUGUAGAUCUGAAGCUAGAUUAGAGUAUUGUUAUGCUCUACUCUUACGCAGAGGAGGCUGAAGGACCUUCUCCUGUGUACGCACAGCAACCUGUCGUCUACGUAACCCAGCAGGCUUGAUCUCUCUGCUAUUAUAAAGGUGCCAGCAGCCACAUAGAAGGAAGAUUGAAAGUUCUGCUAAAGAUGUCUGAGAAGCAAGUUGAAUCAGUACCAGAGGAGGCUGGAGGACCUCCUCCUGUAUACACAGUGACACAGCAGCCUGUCGUCUACGCACAGCAGCCUGUUGUCUACGUAACCCAGGCCCAGCAGGCUGUUGCUUCCCCAGGUGGUGUUCCUCCAAAAGACUACUUGAUGAUGUCCAUAGUGACUCUCUUGUUCUGUUGCUGGCCUAUUGGCAUCAUUGCUCUGCUCAAAUCCAUUGAGGUGAGGGAUGCCGUUGCCCGGGGAGACUACGCUGCAGCUCAGACCGCCUCCAAGAGUGCUUAUAAGCUCAACAGAUUGGCUAUCAUUGUUGGAAUAGUCCUGAUUGUCUUUGUUGUCCUGAGUCAGGUCUCGUGGGCGAUCCCACUGGCCAUAAUAACGAGCAACUAGUGAAGCAGAUUGCGAGUAUUACUAUCAUGGACUAUAUUAUGUAAUCAACUUUUUACGUCAAGCUAAACUUUUUCGUGUUUACAUAAAGAUCGUCUUAGUUCCAAAUUAAUUCAAUCAAAUUACUCAAACUCAAA